AUGAUCUAUCUAGCCACGAAUAACCUUGUGAAGCAGGAGCAAAAGAAUGAGGAACGUCUGCAGAAUCAGAGCAAGGAGGGGGCAGAUCGUCGUGCAGCCGAGCAGGAGGCUAUUGCGCGUAGUCGGCGUCACCAACUCGACUGUAAACAGCGCGAGAAGGAGCAUGAGGCCCAGGAAGAGCUGGAAUGUGUCGUUCAGUGGGAACAAUUCGGUAGGCGCAUCGAGAUGCAAUACAACAGGAACGUCGACUGGAGGACCUUCGACUUGUAA